UGUUUAAGUGAAAAUCAAGAGAGCCCAAAUAUGAAGAUCGCGAAAUAUCUGUGACAAUCCUUUUAUUUGAUUUUAUUUUGUUGAUUCCUUCCCUUAAAAAAACCACUCCACGCCAUCCUUUUAGUCCAAUUACCUCUUCUUCUCCUCCUCCUCCUCCUCCUCUUCUUCUUCUUCUUCUUUCUUUCCAUUACUUUUUCUUUAAAGUUUCAUUCUUGAUUUUUCUCUCUGCAUGUUAUUUUCUUGUGUAAAAGUGAAAUUUCUGCGGAUUAAGUGAAAAAAAUGGAGACCUUUGCUUCUUCUGCUUCAUCGUUAUCAAUUUCAAGCGAACCCCAUGUGCUAGCUGUGGAUGACAAUCUUGUUGAUCGUAAACUUGUGGAGAAGUUACUCAAGAAAUCCUCUUGCAAAGUAACUACCGCAGAAGAUGGUCUGAGGGCUUUGGAGUACUUGGGUUUGGGAGCACAUCAUGACAGCUCUACAAAUAGCAAUGGUUCAAAAGUUAAUAUGAUAAUCACAGAUUAUUGCAUGCCAGGAAUGACAGGUUAUGAACUGCUUAAGAAAAUCAAGGAAUCGUCGAUCAUGAAGGAUGUGCCGGUUGUGAUAGUGUCAUCAGAGAAUAUUCCAACUCGAAUUAAUCAAUGCAUGGAAGAAGGAGCUCAGAUUUUCAUGCUGAAGCCUCUGAAGCACUCCGAUGUCGAAAGGCUUAGAUGUCAAAUAACGCAAUGCUGAUGAUAUAUUGACUCUUCUCAUCUGUCAUCUUCUAAAAGAAGAGAAAAAGAGAGAGAUAUUACCAUGUAUAAGAGUGAUUACGAGAUUCUAAAGACUCGUGAAUUCAAUUGUAUAUCUCUGGAGCUUUAGAAGUUCCUGCUUUCAUUAAGAAAAUGUAGACCUUGUUCUUUUCAUCUAUUUUGCUCUUCUCUGUCUCA